CUACAGCCCUCAGAGCAGGUAACAACAGUUUUGUUAUUGCCUUAAUGUCUGCUGGAAGAUGAGCCCAGCACAGACCAGGGCGAGGAGGGACAGUUUAAAGCUCACCUCUGUGCUGGGGUCUUUGUCUGGGAUGGAUUGGCUUUGCCGGGGACUCCUGUUCAUUGAUUCCCCAAGCUCCCAGGGAGCAAAUAGGAAAAGGCACCCAGCUGGACACCGGCACGUCCCAGUGCCUCGGCCAGGCAGGCAGGGAGGAGCUUCCCAGAGCUGCGGGUGCCAUCAGUCACGCUGAGGACACAGAGAGGGGACAGUCACCUUCAGCAUAAACCUGUAAGGGAAAAGCCUGAGAGCAGCUGGCGAGCCAAGCGCUGAGAUGCUUUUAGUGCAGUGCCAGUGCAGAAAGAUGAGGCAGUGAAUGCCCAGAGCAGGCUGAGGGAUGGUGUGCAGCUCCCCAAGUUACUAGGAGCUGGGGUAGUUUCCUGCCUAAACCCUUUUCCCUCUAGGCAGAGCUCAGAGUGGAUCUUGGCUCAUUGCUGCUCAGACCCACACCUUGAGUGCGCUGGUACUUACACUGUGUAGAUGUUUAAGGGGAUGGCCAGGGAGUUUGCAUGGAGCAGCUGGAAAGCCCAAGCGAGCGGACGGUGGUUACAGUGACUUCUCACGGGCAGCAUCUGCUGCUGUGGAGCCGCGCUGAGAGGGCUCAGUUUUCUGUGCUGUGACCCUGUGAGAUGAAUAGGGAGAGGGGAGGGAGGGUGUAAAGCAAGCAUCUUGUGAGUUAUGUUAACAAAGGAAAGCAAGUUCAUGCCCAUGAACUGUACCUGGUAAACGAGGACAUUCAAAUGUGUGACACCCCAGUGCCAAAGCAGAACUGAGAAAGCAAUGUUCCCCAGCCAGGAAAGUGUAUGGAAAAACAGAUCAGUAUGCGUCUACCAAGUGUGUGCUGGGUUGGCAAGGAGAAGUCCUCCAAGCCAAGUUGCUGCUCUGACACCAGCACUGUAUUAUUUAAAGUGGGAAGCCUCUAAGAUGCAAAUGUUAAUGUUUUCCUUACAUAUUUUAGCAGGCAGCUAUUAAAAGGAAAUGAAUUAAAUGGCCAGACAUCAAACUGUGUGUACAAAAUACAGUGCAUGCAAAGCUGUGGUGCUGUAUUUGUAUGUGCUGCUGACAGGACAGGAGAUGUUUGGUAUGUUCAAGUACAAACUAGCUGUGCGGCUGUCAGCCUGUCUGGGCAAUCACACUGCUUGGUGCUUUUCCUCAUAGGUGCUUGCAUAUCAAACCCCUGGCAGAUAACAGCUGGAGUUUAGUUUCUUGGUAAAGCACACGCUGUUGUUCAAUGAGUGCUUUGUUCUGCACAACAAAAGACUGCAAAAAUCACUGCUGCAGUGGUCAUUUCUCCAGAAGUGAAGUUCAUGGCAGGAAGCUCUUUUGUAGUAGGAAACCCUGACAGAAGCGGUUAGACAACCUGGCUGUGUGUGUUUGCCUUCACAAUGUCCAUGCAGUGCCACAGACCAGGCUUCCCAGACCCAGGCAGGAGGAUGGGGCCAGUGCAGGGCCUCUUUCUCAUUGCUAAAAGCCAGUAAAUGAGCUGGGGAAGGAGGCCAGUGGUGCCCAGCUUCCUGAGCGCCUCUGUCAGUUGAGCAGAAGGAUGUCAAUGGACCUUAAUUUAAAGUCACAUUUGCACCAAGCUGUCAAACCAGUAACGUGGGCAGAACAGGUCUCAAGGAGCCUGCCAGCAGCACAAGGGCUUUGGCCAUGUCUACUAGAGCGAGCAAGGCGAAACCGGGGUUGCUGUUGCUCCUUCUGUCUUCAGUGCAUGACACCUCUUUCUGUCCAGCACACACUGGCCAGGACUGCUCUGCACAGACCACUCCUCUUGCUUUCCACCACCUCUGUUCACAAGGGGAGCAGGAACCAUCCAGGGAGGCCUGAAGUUCAACAAAGCGAACUGAGGAGCAUGGAUGACCAUUGCAGCUCCCAUUAACAAAAGAAUUAACCAGCAUCCUGCCUGGUCUGCAGAGACAACUCCAUCAUACUCACGAUGGGAGAUGCGUCCAACACCUCCGUGUUCAUCUCCACCUUAUCGGAGAGAGAAGACCUGAUUUUUGGCACGCUCUACUUGGUUUUUGGCAUCAUGUCCCUCUUUGGGAACUCGCUGCUCCUGCUGGUGGCCUAUCGGAAGAGGUCCAUGCUGAAGCCUGCUGAGUUCUUCAUCGUCAACCUGGCCAUCAGCGACCUGAGCAUGACAGUGACGCUCUUCCCCUUGGCUGCCUCAUCCUUCUUUGCACACAGGUGGCUGUUCAACCAGGCCGUCUGCACCCUCUACGCCUUCUGCGGGGUCCUGUUCGGGCUGUGCAGCCUCAGCAGCCUCACGGUGCUCAGCACGGUUUGCUGCCUGAAGGUCUGUUACCCAGCAUACGGCAACAAGUUCUCUCCCUGCCACGCCGGAGUGCUGCUGCUCUGCAUCUGGGCAUAUGCCCUCAUGUUUGCCACGGCCCCCUUGGCCGAGUGGGGCAGCUAUGGCCCUGAGCCCUACGGGACAGCCUGCUGCAUCAUGUGGAACGCCUCGAGCAGGGAGGCCACGCUCUACAUCCUUGCCCUCUUCAUCUUCUGCUACCUUCUCCCCUGCCUCCUCAUCCUCGCCUCCUACUCGCUGAUCCUCUGGAGGGUGCGGGGGUCCCGCAGAGCCGUGCGGCAGCACACGUCCCCCCAGCGCAGAGCCCGCAGCGUGCACAGCCUGGUCGUGAAGCUGAGCAUCGCCGUGUGCCUGGGGUUCCUGGCUGCCUGGACCCCUUACGCUAUCGUUGCCCUGUGGGCAGUGCUGGGUGAUGCCAGCCAAGUGCCAGCGCUUGCCUUCGUGCUCUCGGCCGUCUUUGCCAAGUCCUCGACGCUCUACAACCCCCUGGUGUACCUGCUCUUCAAGCCCAACUUCCACAAGUUCCUCUCCAAGGAUGCGGUGCUCCUCCAGGCCAUGCGUACCCUGCUCUGCUGCGGCUGCCCCAGCGCUGCACUCCAGCCCUUCCCAUCCCCGGCCUUCGGGGACCACCCCGGGGCUUGCAGGAGCUGCAACGACACCUUUGAGUGCUUCAGUAACUACCCCAAGUGCCACAAGCCCGCGCGGGCGCCCGGCUCCUCGCCCCGCUGCGCACCCCUGGCCAUGCUGGCCGAUGGGGCUGCGUGCCCGCCGCGGCUGAAGAGGACGGUGCAGGUGAUGGUGCUUGUCACCAGGAGAAGGUCGGGCCUGAGCGCUGUGAACGUGGUGGGGGAAGCUCUGCCGUCGGAUAUCAUGAAAGACCUUCUCUGAGCCCGGCCUGCAUCCCACCGGGGCACUGGGGGAUAAACCCAAACCCAGCUCUCACCUGUGUAUCCACUGGGUCCCCAUCAUGUUCUGCAGAUGAAGUGACGUCUAACACCACCCUUGCCUCCUCCUCUGCUCUGGCUCUUGCAGCUCUGAGCCGAGGCUCUGCACUUAGAGAAACCAAACAAAACACCAAACCCCAGUGCCUGGAACUGGCCCAGGGGGCAAGUCCAGGGUCCAGUUUAUCCCGUGCCUUGCUCUCUGGGCCCUUGGCCUUUGUUUCUCCAUCCUGGUGCUCGGAUGACCAAGUAGGAACUUGGUUGUCUUAAGAAACUGUGCUUGGCAGGGAGGGCCCAAGAGGUGUCCUACCUCCAGCGCCAGCUCCCGCUGACCAUGUCCUUUCCCAGACGGGAGCAGGACGGUGCUGCUCAGCUACCUCACUUGGGAUUAUGAAGCAUCUUGAUAUACCUCUCAAGAGACCACUCUGCAGGCUGUCUAACCCCACUCCCUCGGUUCGAACACAAACCCACCACCAUCAUAUAGAUCGAAAUGGGAGCUUGUCUUUAGAGUAAGGUUUGGGGUUGCAAUAAUCCUGGUGUGAGUAAUAGCAGCACCAGGUCGUGCUCUCCAGGCAGGGAAUUGCAGAUCUGUGGCCAAGCAUCAUCCUGGAGACAGGGCAGAAGCUGAGUGAGACAGUGCUGAGGGAGGCUGGUUAUGUCCCAGAUAUUAAUCAAUGCAUUCAAGGUGAUGGGAAGAGUCAGCAGCAGUGGUAGGAAACACGCUGCCCACCAGCACCCAGCCAGCCAGUUACUCGUGGGAGUGCUUUAUGUUGUCUCUGGUUAAUGAAUGAAAUGGCACCACAACCCAUUGCCAGGGCUGCAGCAUUAAGUCAUGGAUGUGCUAUGUGGGAAUAGUGACCUGUGUCUGCAUGGACACGGGAAACAGCCGCUGCCCCAAUGCCAUCACUGCCUGUGCUCUGCCUGCCCGCUGACCCCCGGCUCCCCCUCUUCUCUCCAGACACCAGUAGUGCUGGUUUCAGCCAUUGCUGUAGAACCAGGAUCUGUCACUGCCUUUGCUUAGCACAGGCACAGCAGGGUCCUCUUUUCCAAGGACUCACAGCACCUCAAGGAAGACUUGAUAGCUUCAGGGUGUGCAGAAACACAGAGGGAAGGGGAUGCUCUUGGUGGGGGGCAACAAACAACAGAUUCAUUUAAGCUACAAACUUAAACCUAAGCAUGAAGAAUACCGAGGGUUUUGGGCCUCAAUGUUUGGGCUCAGUUCCAGAGUAGGAGGCAAUGGAGCCAGUGUGAGCUCUGUGCUGGGGAGGGUGGUUGCUGCAUGUAAGUGUGCUGUGUGUGCCAUCACUACCUGUUGCUGCUGCACAGCUCUCAUUAGCACACAGCAGUCAUGCUCUUGCUUUUGUCCCUUGGUCGUUUCCCCUGAUGCACCUGAACUGGCUGUUUCCCUGUAACCAGAGAGGGUCCUCUGUACCUCUGGGGUGCUCCUGCAUCUUCCCAGGAUGGUUUUGCCCACGUGUGAUAGCUGCAGGCGGUCGGGGCAGGGUUUAUGCCCAAGAGCCAAGUAGUACCUGAAAAGCCAUGCAGGGAGCAACGCUCCUGCCUUUGCUCCCUAUUCCUGUCAUGCAAAAACCCACACCCAGCCCCGACACGGACCGUGUUUGCAAAGGAAGGGAUUAAAAUCAGGAGGGAGGACGGGGUUUCCAGCGAG